CCAUGGCAGCUGUGAGAUUCAGCGCUGCUCCCAGCACCACGACCAUUUUGCUCAAACUUGUCACGUGUCUCUUCAUCUUCUACUCGGCCUUCUACACCGUGUCCAGCCUGUGCCUCGGAGUCUUCAGGAUGGAUAAGUUUGAUGGUCUCAUGCCCUUCGAUUUCAACGAGCCUCCUUCGCUAAAGCCCUCCUACAUAGCAAUCCUCAUCUCCACGGAGGUGACCUUCCUGCUGAGUGGACUCCUCUUUGCCAUCGUCGUGCGGGGCUGGCUCUGGGACUACGCCGUCUCCGUGACUGUCGUCCACAUCAUCACCACCUGCAUCGGUGAGGUAUCGCUACGAGCACCACAGAGGAGGAGACGCGACCGGGAUCUGGAGAAGUUCCGCAGUGCAGUGGGGAGACUGGGCGAGGAGAUGUCGUUCAGAAGGAGACAACCAGACGCAUCCCGAAGUCGAACAUUUUGCCAAAUCCUCACGCCGUGCUGCGGCCUGGUGCUCAUGGCCACGUCGGGGCAGCUGAUGGCGCUGAUCGUGUGCCGAGAGCUGCCCGCCAUCCCCAUCAUCGAGGACAGGGUGUGA